GCUUGAAUGGUUCACCCCAGAGUUUUUGCAAGCCAUCAUGGAAGCCUGGGGAAAUCUGGCGCUUAUGCCAGGGCUCUUGAAAGCCAAGACAAAGUCCUUCGAAUUAUGGUACGAUGGCAUUUCACCCGGUGGAUUUGAGAGCUUUUCGGCCAAGUUCCAUAUCGCCAAGUUCUUGGUAGACACAGUGAGACCCAAGUCCCUGCGGCUGAUAACAAUGAAUCUUAUUGUUUCAAAGAGAAGGUUGUCGAAGAGGCGGUUCUGAAUGGCUCGCGUCAAAAGAGGCUCGGCUUACUGCUUCUGAGGAUGAGCCGCAAUGUCAGAAUGGUGCUCCGAUAUUUGUUGAGAUGAUCGCCGAAGCCCAAGCGUAUCCAUCUGCCGAGUAUCAAGGCAUUCACAAACUCCCCGGCCGAUGUUCAUGUCCGUGCCUAAAGACCCUGCCAAUUCCUGCUCAAAGACCUCCGGCGCCGGGUCCUCAGGUUUUUGGGCACUUUGGCCGCCGUUCCCGCGACAAAGAACACCGAGCAUCACAAUCUUAUGCCGAAGUCCGUUCAUGGCUGCCCAAGAUGAUCCCAUUAAUAGAUCAUGGCUUAUAACAGCUGCACUCUGUUGUUGUACGGCAAUAACGGCAACUAUACAAGCCACUCAAUGGUUGGCGAGCAAGUUAAAAGCUGCACGUCCUGGGACCUGCAGCAGAAUUACUUUUCCCUUCCGAACGGAGAUAGACAAGUCCGGGUAUAUUGCUCCCCAUGACGGAACUCAAUGGUGCUGCGAUUCCUCAGCAAAGCAAACCCCCCACGCAUUGUCUCGCAUCCGCAGCGAAGUGUUGCGAGACCGACACAUCCGGGCUAAAUCCCCCCUCAGGAGAAAAGAAGAAGACAACAUCUCCGCCACAGAGAGGCUUCCAUCUGGAGACCGGGGCACCUCCGUGGGGAGGUUGAGACCCCGCUGUGUCCGCCCCGAGACAACAUCCGGAGGCAACGGAUCCAAUGGCAGGAGAAGAGUGAGUGACCCCGUUUAUUUUUCUUCCCGUGGGAGCCUCGCAGUGGCCUGUUAGAGACGCGCAUGGCUGUGCUAGGCAUAAGCGCCCCGUUUCUGUGAGGACAAAGUGUCGUCUAGAGUGGAUCGAGGGAAUCCUAAUUCCCCGUCUUGCUGCGGCAUACGGCGCUUC